AUGAUCCACGUCCCCGCCCUCCCCGGGACGCCCGCGAGCGACCUCUCCCCCGGCGCCAUCGUCUCGGAAAUCGAGGACCAGGCCCGCCUCUACGAGCAGCUCGGCUUCGACGCCGUGAUGAUCGAGAACAUGCACGACACGCCCUACCUGCGGCGCAACGUCGGCCCCGAGAUCACCGCGAUGAUGGCCGUCUGCGCGCGCGCCGCGACGGAAACGGUCGACAUCCCCGUCGGCGUGCAGAUCCUCGCCGGCGCGAACCGCGCCGCCCUCGCGGCUGCCCACGCCGGCGGCGCGAGCUUCGUCCGCGCCGAGGGCUUCGCGUUCGCGAGCGUCGCGGACGAGGGCCUCCUCGACGAGGCCGACGCCGGCCCUCUCCUCCGCCACCGCGCCGCCAUCGGCGCCGAGGACAUCCUCAUCUUCGCGGACAUCAAGAAGAAACACUCGUCCCACGCCAUCACGGCCGACCUCGACCUCGCCGAGACCGCCAAAGCCUGCGCCUUCAUGCGCGCCGACGGCCUCAUCAUCACGGGCAGCGCGACGGGCGAGGAGACCUCAACCGAAGACCUCCAGCAGGUCGCGCACGUCACCGACCUCCCCAUCCUCGUCGGAUCCGGCGCGCACGAGGGCAACAUCAAGCGCAUGCUCGAGCUCGCCACGGGCGUCAUCGUCGGCGCUGCUCAAGGCCGCGGGACGAUGACCGAGCCCCCCACCCCGCCUCCCCCGGACGACCUCCCCGACCGCGACAUCACCCUCAACCUCCCCGAGCCCUUCGGCGCGCCGGACAACGGAGACAUCAUCACCAUCGUCACCGGCCUCCCGCGCAGCGGCACCUCCCUCAUGAUGCAGAUGCUCGAAGCCGGGGGCAUCCCACCCUGCACCGACAACAAGCGCACGGCAGACGUAAACAACGCCCGCGGCUACUACGAGCACGCGAAAGUCAUGGCCCUCCGCAAAGACGCGACAUGGGUCCCGGAGGCCGCGGGCGGCGCGCUCAAGGUCGUCGCCCCCCUCCUGGAGCACCUCCCCGAGGGCCCGCGCUACCGCGUCAUCUUCAUGGAGCGCGACCUCGCCUCCGUCAUGCAAAGCCAGGCCACCAUGCUCGAACGCCUCGGCCGCGCGGGCGGCGCCGCGACGGGCGCCGAAGCCCUCCGCGUCUCGAUGCGCCGCCACCUCCUCCGCGCCGACCGAACCGUCCGCGAACGAGAAGACAUGCGCGCCCUGCACAUCCCCUACGAGGCCCUCCUCGAGAACCCAACCCCCCACCUCGAACGCCUCGCGCGGUUCCUGGGCGACGCCUUCGACGCGGCUGCCGCGUCGCGGGUGAUCGUGCUCACCAUGCCAGCAACGCGCAACGCCCGGCUGAACCCGCCCACGCGCCGCCGCCAUCUGGGCGUCACGCUCGUGGAACUCAUCAUCACCCUGGGCGUGCUCCUCGUCCUGCUGGGAAUCCUCGCACCAACCCUCCGCGGCGCCCGCGACGAGGCCGUCGAACUCACGGGCUUGUCAGAUAUCAAGCAGAACGCCGCGCUCGUGCACACCUACGCGUCGGAGAACGAUCUGUAUUUCCCGAUCGGAACCGAUGAGGACGCACACCCAACAACGGUCACCGGCAGCUGGUGGCGCGUCGUCGUGAAAACGGGCGUCUUGAGCUACGAGGAAUACCAGCAAUGGGGCGACCGGAUCGCCAAGCUCAGCAUGACCGCUGCCACCGACCCAAGGCAUUUGAUCCGCGGUCAGACCGUCGACCCGUUCCUCGCACUCAAGCACAUCAAGAUCAGAACAUCGCAGGUCCGCUCGCCAUCCGCCUGGGGCAUGCUGAACUACCCGGACUACGUUGAUCCCUCGGGUUACGCCUUCCGCUGGUGCUGCAACGACCUGCUCCCGUCUCCCGUCGCGUUCGGCGACGGCAGCGCCGGGAUGUACAUCUGGCAUGAGCUGCUCCCGGAUGGCGAGCUCUACAUCGAGAACAACAUCGGUUACCCGGUGAACACCGCCUGGGGCGGCAUCCACGGCCGGAGCAGGUGA